UAUUAAAUCCAGGGUAAGAAUCCCUUCAAACGAAAUCUUCCUUUCUUCAUCGUGGAUAAGAUAGACUCCUUUUGCAGAGCUUCAAGAAACGAGACGGUGUGUCCACAAUGGCCGCAGCAGCAGCUCAGUGUAUCUACCUCUCUUGUAGGUUUCAAUCCAUCUCUCUUUCUUCUUCUUCCCGGCCUUCCGCCACCGCAUUUAAGCCUCUCAGUUCCUCCGCCAACGUUUCACAUAACGCCUUCUCGACUGGGUUAGUGUCUGUAAACCCUAUUCUCGGAAGGCAAGCCGGUCGGUCACUUACAAUUGUGUGUGAAGCUGCGGGGCAGAAGGCCGAUUCUGCAGCGAAGCGAGCUCGGCAAGCUGAAAAGAGACGCCUUUACAAUAAAUCUCGCAAAUCUGAGAUUAGAACUCGAAUGAAAAAGGUUUUGGAGGAGUUGGAAGUGUUAAGAAAGAAGGCCGAUGCACAACCUGAGGAAGUUCUCGGGGUCGAGAAAUUGAUUGCAGAGGCUUAUUCAGUGAUUGACAAGGCGGUGCAGGUUGGAACCCUGCACCGGAACACAGGAGCCAGGCGGAAGUCCCGCCUUGCCAGAAGAAAGAAGGCGGUGGAGAUUCACCAUGGGUGGUAUGCACCUGAACCUACAGCUGCAUCCACUGUUUGAUACCAUUUCCAUCUGGCAUCUAUGCUAUUGUAGAUUGUGUAUUUGCAGAAUUUUUUGAGCAGAAGAAUUUGUGUUCAUUGUUCGGUGAUUUCUUUUUUUGCUUUAGCAAUCUCUACGUAUAUUUGAUGGUGAAUUGGUGGUUGCUAUUAAAACCUAAUCUGCUUUCUGCCUUGUUCUUAUGAAAGGCAAACUGUAUGCUAUCAAAUUAUAUUUUAGGGACAUAAUUUUAAUACAAGUUUAUAAUCAUAUAAAUGAUCUGAU